AUGUUCCUCUUCAAUGCAUGCCUCAUGGGCUACGAAGAAGCGGAAUGGAUGGACAUUAUCCUGGAUCGUAUGGAUUGCAUUCUCUGCAAUGUAGCACAAUUGCAACGAUUACAGGCCCUGGGCCCAUCUGGGCCCGAUGGCGAGAUGAUGUGA